AUGGCGGACUUCAGCGACCUCAUCGGCCACGUUGGAGACUUUGGGCCUUUCCAGAAGAGACUGGUGGCGCUAUGUUCCCUGCCGCUGAUCCCCUUCUCCUUUGCCCUGGUGGGGGUCGUUUUCCUAGGCAAGACGCCGGAUCACUAGGCCGAGCGCCUCCGGGCGGAAUGCGGCUGGACGGAGGCGCAGGCGAGGGAAGUCACUGUACCCCGGUCUGGAGCGUCCUUCGGCCGCUGCGAGAGAUUCGACUUGAACUGGAGUCAGAUCGCAUGAGGAGAACUGGACCACCUUCCGGACUUCAACACCACCCCAGUGAUACCUUGUGUCGGAGGGUGGGCAUUCGAUAAAAACUACACCACAAUUGUUUCUGAGUUCUCGUUGGUGUGCGAGAGCUCCUGGCUCGCUAAUCUCAAUCAAGUCGCGCUGGCGUGUGGGCUCUUCAUCGGCGCUUUCUUUACCGGAUACAUGUCUGACAGGUUUGGCAGGAAGCCUUGUUUCCUCGCCUUCACGUUUUGCUUGGGUUUCGCCAGCGUGGGCGUGAUGCUGUCGCCGUGGUACCCGCUGCUGCUGGCGUUUCGCUUCCUGCAAGGGUUUUUUGAAAAGGGAGCGUGGUCGGCGUGCUACGUAUUGCUGUUUGAGUUCUUCAGCUCAAACAACAGGAAAUUUGUGUCGAUGGUGUGCCGGUCGUUUUACUCCAUCGGCAUGGUGAUCCUGCCCGGCCUGGCCUACCUCGUGCCCUCCUGGAGGACUCUGCAAUUUGUCAUGACUCUACCCUGGCUCCUCUUCAUUCCGUACUACUGGAUAGUUCCAGAAUCUCCACGUUGGCUCUUCUCUCAAAAGAGGGACUCGGAGGCCGUGAGAAUCCUGACACACGUCGCCAAGCGCAAUGGGAGAAGUUUGCCGCAGAACUUUCAAGAGAUGAUUCCUCUGGAGAAGAAGGAAGAACGAGAUCCCGUGUCCUUUCUGGACUUGCUUAAGACUCCCUUCAUCAGGAGGAACACGCUCAUUUUGAUUUAUGCUUGGUUUUCAAGCAGUAGUGUGUUCUACGGUCUGGUUUUGAGCCUGGGAAUCACUGGUGACAAUCACUUCUUGGACUUCUUCAUCUCUUCGGUGGUGGAGCUCCCCACGGGCCCGAUUUUCUACCUGCUGGUGGACCGAGUUGGCCGGCGGACCCUCUUAGCCGCGACCAAUUUAAUCGGAGGCCUCGUCUGCCUCGCCGCGCCCUUCAUUCCCGCAGAGGUUUCCUGGUUGAAAAAAGCCUCGGCAUUCGUUGGGAGGCUCGCUAUUGCUACCGCUCUGGAGACGCUCAGCUUUGCUAACGCGGAACUGUAUCCCACCACUCUGAGAAAUCUGGGAGUGUCCGUGUGUUCAUCGGCCUGUGACGCUGGGGUCAUCGUGGCCUCGUUGCUGCUCUACAGGCUGGCAAGCAUCUGGCAGGAGCUUCCCUUUUGCGUCUACGGGGCUAUGUCUGUGAUCAACGGCGGCUUGGUGACACUGUUGCCAGAAAUGAAGGGGGUCGUGCUACCGGAGACCAUCGAGGACAUGGAGAAACUAAGAAGAAAAACCAACCAACCCAAGGAAGGGAACGUCUCAAUGAGAUGAAGAAAGGCAGGAGUUUCGAGAAGGAUUUUUGCGUCCUUCUCUUGGAAUUUAGACAAACUUCUCCCGGGGAAUUUGCCCAAUUGAGGUCCAGUUGGAAGCUCGUAUCCAUGACAAAUGAGAGACCCUAAACCGCGAAACUUUUUGCUUAUCUAUAACGUGUCCACGGUGUCUACGUUUGAUUAUUUCAAGGAUUUGAAAUGGGGCCUAUUCAUUUCCAUCUGGAUCUCAAUUUAUAGUCUCCGAGGCCUGUAACACGAGUGUUCUAAGAACAAAUUAGGAGGUGCUGGAUAUUGAUGUACGACAUUAUCCUCUAUCUGUUACUCUAUCCUUCUUUUUGAAUCAUGUCUAUUUUAGAAGUGCCAA